GGGCGGCGGCAGCAGCAGCCGCUGGCAGCAGCCGGGAGAAGCCCCGCUGGCGACGGGCUGGCAGCGCACGCAGCUCUGAGGAGGUGGAGGGUGCCUGAGCCGAGCCGCGGGGCGGGCGCCUGCGAAGGGGGGAGAGACUGCGGCGGCGGGAGGGGACCGGCACAAGCGCACACACACACACACGCGCGCACGCAGAGGCGGAUGACAGCGGCGGCCUCGGCCGCCACGAUGUGAGCCGAGCCGCGCGGGGGGACGCGGAGGCUCAGCGGAGAAGCGAGGCGAGGCAAGGCAGCCCGCGUAGCCCCGGCAGCGGGAGGGGCGGCCGGGGCGGAGCCGGCUGGGCCCGGGGCGAGCUGUGCGCCCCGGCGGGUAAGGCGCAGGCGGCGAGUGUGGGACCGGCGGAGGCGCCGCCGGUGGGCUGACCGGCUGCUGUUUGCUUGGCUCCAGUCUCCGUCUCCGAGCCCGCGGGCCCCGAUGAGGAGUGCCCCUGCGCUGCCAGACUGACGCCUCGCCGCCGUCCCCGCGGACGAAGAGGAGCGCUGCCCCGCGGCGCAGAGCGCGGCGCCCCGGCCGCGGGCCGCCCCUGCACCGCCCUCCCCGGCGGGGGCUCGUCUGCCGCCUGCGGGGCGGGCGGCGCGGCGCGGCGGGCGGCGGUGACAGCGCGGCGGCGAGGCCGGGGGAGCGCGGAGCGCCGCCGCCGAAGACCAUGAGGAAAUUCAACAUCAGGAAGGUGCUGGACGGCCUGACGGCGGUCUCCUCCGCCGCCUCGGCGUCGUCCUCCGCGCAGCAGCAGCAGGCGGGGAACCGGGAGACCGAAAUCCAGGAGACGCUCCAGUCCGAGCACUUUCAGCUCUGCAAGACUGUACGCCAUGGUUUUCCCUAUCAACCUUCAGCCUUGGCAUUUGAUCCGGUUCAGAAAAUACUGGCCAUCGGGACUCAGACUGGAGCACUAAGGCUCUUUGGUCGGCCGGGAGUUGAAUGCUACUGCCAACAUGACAGUGGAGCUGCAGUAAUUCAGCUUCAGUUCCUGAUUAAUGAGGGAGCUCUUGUGAGUGCCUUGGCUGAUGAUACCUUACACCUGUGGAACUUACGUCAGAAAAGACCUGCUAUACUUCAUUCACUCAAAUUUAACCGAGAACGGAUAACAUUUUGUCAUCUGCCUUUCCAAAGUAAAUGGCUGUAUGUGGGCACGGAAAGAGGGAACAUUCACAUCGUCAAUGUGGAAUCAUUUACUCUCUCAGGCUAUGUCAUCAUGUGGAAUAAAGCCAUUGAACUGUCAUCCAAAUCUCACCCAGGACCUAUUGUCCACAUUAGUGACAAUCCAAUGGAUGAAGGAAAGCUUCUGAUUGGCUUUGAAUCUGGAACAGUGGUAUUAUGGGACCUGAAGUCAAAGAAGGCAGAUUACAGAUACACACAUGAUGAGGCAAUCCACUCUGUGGCUUGGCAUCAUGAAGGAAAACAAUUCAUUUGUAGUCACUCAGAUGGUACCUUGACCAUAUGGAAUGUAAAAUCUCCUACUAAACCAUUCCAGACAAUCACUCCACAUGGAAAGCAGUUGAAGGAUGGAAAGAAGCCAGAACCCUGUAAACCUAUCCUUAAGGUGGAAUAUAAAACAACUAGAGCUGGGGAGCCUUUCAUCAUUCUCUCAGGAGGCUUGUCAUACGACACUGUAGGAAGAAGACCCUGUUUAACAGUUAUGCAUGGGAAAAGUACUGCUGUGCUAGAAAUGGAUUAUUCUAUUGUUGAUUUUCUAACCCUCUGUGAAACACCGUAUCCUAAUGACUUUCAGGAACCAUAUGCUGUAGUUGUUCUCCUAGAAAAGGACCUAGUGCUGAUUGACCUUGCACAAAAUGGGUACCCUAUAUUUGAGAAUCCCUAUCCUUUGACUAUACAUGAAUCUCCGGUUACCUGUUGUGAAUAUUUUGCUGAUUGUCCUGUGGACCUCAUACCUGCACUCUAUUCAGUUGGUGCUCGACAGAAACGUCAAGGUUACAGUAAGAAGGAAUGGCCCAUCAGUGGAGGCAACUGGGGUUUGAUCACUCAGAGCUAUCCAGAGAUAAUUAUUACAGGGCAUGCUGAUGGGUCAAUCAAGUUUUGGGAUGCCUCAGCAAUAACACUGCAAGUACUCUAUAAGCUAAAAACAGCCAAAGUAUUCGAAAAAUCACGGAAUAAAGAUGACAGGCCAAACACAGAUAUAGUGGAUGAAGAUCCAUAUGCUAUUCAGAUCAUCUCAUGGUGUCCAGAAAGUAGAAUGCUGUGCAUAGCUGGAGUUUCUGCACAUGUCAUUAUUUACAGGUUCAGCAAGCAGGAAGUGACAACAGAAGUCAUUCCGAUGCUGGAAGUACGUCUGUUGUAUGAAAUAAAUGAUAUUGAAUCUCCAGAUGGUGAGCAGGUGCCACCUUUACCAACUCCAGGCACAGGUUCCAAUCCUCAAUCCAUUGUUCCCCAGUCUCACCCAUCUACUAGUAGCAGUUCAUCUGAUGGACUUCGUGAUAAUGUCCCAUGUUUAAAAGUUAAAAAUUCUCCUCUCAAGCAGUCUCCAGGCUACCAAAUUGAGCUAGUUAUCCAGCUAGUGUGGGUGAGUGGAGAACCUCCUCAACAGAUAACCAGCUUAGCAGUCAACUCAGCAUACGGCCUAGUAGUUUUUGGAAACUGUAAUGGUAUUGCCAUGGUCGAUUACCUCCAGAAGACAGUGCUCUUGAAUCUUGGCACUAUUGAACUGUAUGGCUCCAAUGAUCCUUACCGCAGGGAACCACGAUCUCCGCGAAAAUCCCGGCAACCGUCUGGAGGUAUGCUGACUGUGGCUUCUUGCAUGUGCGGCCUUUCUAACUUAUAUUCAGAGUCUGUGAAAAAGCUUCGCACCUCUUAUAUAACAGGUCUUUGUGAUAUUAAUGAAGGUACAACAGUGCCAGAAGACCGCUGCAAAUCACCUACUUCAGGUUCUGGUUCACCAAACAAUUCUGAUGAUGAUCAAAAAAUGAAUAAUUUUAUAGAAAAGGUGAAGACCAAAAGCAGAAAUUUUUCCAAGAUGGUAGCCAAUGACAUAGCAAAGAUGUCCAGGAAGCUAAGUUUGCCAACUGAGUUAAAGCCUGAUUUAGAUGUCAAAGACAACUCUUUCAGUCGAUCCCGGAGUUCUAGUGUAACUAGCAUUGAUAAAGAAUCCCGAGAGGCAAUUUCAGCUCUUCAUUUCUGUGAGACUUUCACAAGAAAGAAUGAUACAUCACCUUCCCCAUGCCUGUGGGUUGGGACCACGCUGGGUACAGUGCUUGUCAUUGUACUGAACUUACCCCCAGGAGGAGAGCAAAGACUUCUUCAGCCAGUAAUUGUUUCUCCUAGUGGAACCAUCCUGAGGCUAAAAGGGGCAAUCUUGAGAAUGGCUUUUCUGGAUACAACAGGAUCCUUGGUCCCACCAGCGCAUGAACCCUGGAGAGAACACAAUGUCCCUGAAGAUAAAGAUGAAAAAGAUAAAUCAAAAAAGCGACGACCUGUCUCAGUGUCCCCCUCUUCCUCUCAGGAAAUCAGUGAAAACCAAUAUGCAGUGAUAUGUUCAGAAAAGCAAGCAAAAGUUAUCUCACUGCCAUCCCAGAACUGUCUUUAUAAACAAAACAUAACAGAGACUUCUUUUGUUCUUCGUGGAGACAUAGUAUCAUUGAGUAACAGUAUCUGCCUUGCAUGUUUCUGUGCCAAUGGACAUAUUAUGACUUUUAGUUUGCCAAGUUUAAGGCCAUUGUUGGAUGUAUAUUACCUGCCACUCACCAAUAUGCGGAUAGCCAGAACAUUCUGCUUCACCAAUAAUGGACAAGCACUCUAUCUUGUAUCACCAACUGAAAUACAGAGGCUUACCUACAGUCAAGAAACAUGUGAAAAUCUUCAGGAAAUGUUGGGUGAGCUCUUCACUCCUGUAGAAACACCAGAAGCACCGAACAGGGGGUUCUUUAAAGGCCUGUUUGGAGGUGGGGCACAGUCACUUGACAGAGAAGAACUCUUUGGAGAAUCAGCAUCUGGGAAGGCAUCAAGGAGUCUUGCCCAGCAUAUUCCAGGGCCUGGGGGUAUUGAAGGUGUCAAAGGAGCAGCAUCUGGUGUAGUUGGUGAACUAGCACGAGCCCGGUUGGCACUAGAUGAAAGAGGACAGAAACUAGGAGAACUGGAAGAAAAAACUGCAGCUAUGCUUUACAGUGCUGAUUCUUUCUCUAAACACGCUCAUGAGAUGAUGUUGAAGUACAAAGACAAGAAGUGGUACCAAUUCUGAUGACGCUCAUCAAUUACAUCUGUUUAAUUUUGUCCUGAUGGAAAAAUCUUGGGUUUUCAUUAAUUUUCGCAGGACCAUUGAUAUUUAAAGGAGUAUUCACCAUUGGAUACUGUGUUUCUUAGCACAAAUCACACACUGUUUUACCUCAGUAGUGGCAUUAACUGAGGAGCUUUAUAUUUAAAAGAAACACACACAAAAAGCAAACUUGAGUGUUUCUUAGCUGUUGGUUAGCUGAGAGUUGGAUCAGAGAAGGUAACCAGAACAUGUGGAAAAGAGGGUGAAAGGGAAGAUGUAGUGUGAGAUGGGCAGGGGCAAUGCAGGGUCAAUCCUGUGUUAAUAUUUCAUAUGCCAAAAGUUUUUGUGCUAUUGUAAUUGCUGCCAGUGUUAUACCCUCCUGUGAGGAGAGGCAAUAAAUCAGGGGUCCAAGAGCUGGAAUAAAGUUGUUUGUCUUGCUGGACGGUAGCUGACUUACACUUACCCUCGCUAGGACUCACUAUAUUUACCAUUAUUGUUGAGGAAGAGUUUGCUGUCACUUCUUUCAUCGGGAAAGCUGGAAGCUUGGAAGAUGUCUUGUUGAAAAUUGUAUACAUAGUUGACCUGUGCAUAGUCUUUUCUUGGACCCCUGAUCUAGUAUUCUUGUAUUCACAUCCUAUUCUGUGAAGUGCAAAACAAGAGAAAACACAAUUUUUGCAUUAAAAAAGUCAAGUGAAUAAUAUGACUGGAAUGUGUCAUGCUGGGAGUUUUCAUUUGUGUUAUGUCUGUGCAAUGUGAAAUGUGGUAACAUCUUCAUUGUGGUAAGAAUACUUCAACUUCUGUUCAGUUAAAUAUUAUUUUUUUUGCCAAAAAUAGCUAUUGGUUCAGUUUGUAUAACUUUUAGAAUUGGCUGUGGGUUCCAUUCAUGCUGUGAAUUUUUAUAAAUGUUUAACAGAAUGUAUCUUUACAGCCAUUAAUAGCUGAGAUAGUUUUGCUCAAAACUCAAGUUCUAGAUGCCCCUUUAGUCCUUUACUAUGAAAUCAGAUAAUCUUGGACUCAGGAUUUCAGUUUUACACUCUGUGGAGGUGCUGAUGCAUGAAUAUUGGCAAGCAUCUAAUAUUUAAUAAUUGUCAGUAUAUUGUUUAGAAAAUUCCUAAGUCCUGCUAGUAGAGCUAUUUUCAAGUACCUAUCUCAGCCCCACCCAGCACUGAAGGCAGUUGGCUAAAGUUCACAUUUAGUCUCUGAAGCAGUGUUUUCAGUGUGGGCAGUGGUAAGUGUCCACUAAAACUUCAGGAAUUGGUGAAAUAAUGUUCAGUUUGGGUGAGGUAAAUAAUAUAGCUGAGCUAACUUGUUAAUGGCUGCUACACUAAAGCUGUAAUAGUGUGAAUGAUGAGCUCUUUUAAAAAGAGAGAAUUCCUUAAGAUAAAUGUUUGCAUUUCAAAAAUUUAUUUAGACUUUUUUCCUCAAAGCAGGAAUAGUGACUUAAUGGCUUGGUUUUAUAAAAGGGAGUACUUAGAAGCAGAUAGAGCUACAUUGUCUGAAGUUAUUCUUUUGGGUUUGCUUCGCCAAGCAUCACAUCCGUUGUGAUUUUUUUGCAUACAUUCUGAAUAUUCCCAAAGCAAAAUCUUGGUUGUAUUUGUAUUGUUAAAUGAUGUUGCAGGUGCAUACAUAAGGCAACCUUCUAAAACACUCAACACAUGCAAAAUAUUGAAGUAACUGAUGGUUCCUAAUUAGUUUUUCAAAUAAAAGGCAAAUAUGUUUGGGCUUUGUAGCACACAUUAAAUCUUCUGAUUCCAUGUGUAGUAAGACUUAAUUAAAAAAGACAAGUGAAUUCUGUUCUCAGUACGAGGGCAUGCCGUACCAUGUCCACUGUUCAAAGAACAAACGAGAAUGUGACAAUUUUAACAAGCAGCAUUAUGAUUUCCUUAUGGCUCUGUCCCAUGCCUACUGAGGCAAUGUUAAGUCCAGUUACCUGACUCAGCUUCCCACGCAGUUUUUGCCUUUGCAUGUUAAUUUUUUCUUUUAGUGUCCAAUUAAUGCAUAUUUAAACCAAUUCCAUUUUGUCAAAAAUCCAGGUAGAAGAAAACUAGGUAAACCACUAUCCAUACCAUUUCCAAAAAUAAAACACCCUAGCUGACACUUAUUCCCUUCCUUCUCUCACAUAUAUAAAUUGAGAUGACUGAUUAUUAUUUGACAUGGUGAAGACGAACUAUAUUUCAGAGCAACAGAUCCUGGAAAAUUAGUCUGGUCAUGCUCUGGGGGAGAGGAUGGCAAAAGUACUCUUCAGCAAAUUGUGGUAUCAGAUCAGGACGAUGAUCUUGGCUUGAAAGGAAAGCAUACUUCUCAUCAAGAAACAUUUGACAACCACCAGCAAGCAAAAAAACAUGGCAGUGGGAGACCAUCUGCCAGUACAAGAAGAGUGUAGUGGCUUUUUUGGUAUUAUAAAAUUUAUCAUAGUUGAAUCUUUUUUCUGUUGCAUAUGUUCAGAGCAUGCUUCUAGAUUUGAAAACUAAUGAUUGCUCAUGAGAUGAAUACACAAAGGUUCUUGGUCAAUAAAAGGGGCUAUGUACAAUUUUUGUCUAAAAUGGUCCUUUUUCCUUCUCUGUGGAAGGAAAAUGAUCGUACACACAUCAUUGCAUCUUGUUCUGCUAUUGGUGGUGCACCUUUUGUACAGCAAAGUAUAUUGAAAUCCUUGGGGGGGAAGCACCCCUGUUUUUUUCGCUAGCAUUUUAGUUGUGUGAAACUUUUUUAGAGUGUCUGGAAAACUAUAAAAUACAAUUGAGCUAUUACUUUUUUAUUUUUUGAUGGAAGUGUAAGAAACUGCUGCUACCUAUCUGUUUAUAUGUAGUGUCUCAUUAGGAACUGUAAACAGAAGAAGCUUUUUUUCACCUUAGUCCUGCCAAAUUGUAACUUUUGAAUGCUGGUAUGUGUAAAUAUGUGUGUAUUCCAAAUACGUCUGAAAGUGUUACACCACAGGCAUCUCCAGUGAUUUGUUCUUCAGCAAACAGUCAGAUAUAAAAUAUAGUAAUAGAUAGCUGUGUUCCUUGUCUGUCUUUAUGCAGAUAUUUUUUCCUGAGGUGGUACUUGUGUGGCAGGUGAUGCUGGAAAGCUACAUCCAAAGGAGGAUUCUUGGAAGCAAGUUCAUUUCCUAUUUUUCCUUUCGUUUGCCUUUUCUCUUUUCCAUUGUUGGCUUUUUUAUUUUUUGUUGCUUAAUUAAUGGCACUGAUCUUACCUGAACUUUUAAACUUGAAUUUUUCCUGCACUUUAAUUCAAUCAUGGUAUUUUAUUCCUUAAUUUUGUUUCUGCGUUUGUGCAGUUCAGGUUCAUUAUUUGUAUAUAAACACACAUGUUCAGUAAAGACUUUAGAACAGAUUACUUUCAGGCACAUUUGCUAAUUAUGUGACUAUCAUUUAGAAUGUGUGUUUUCUUAGCAAAAUAUGUAUAUACAAUAUAGACUAAUGAAAGGCACGUAUCCUGUGUCAGCAUUCAGUUUAUAAAUUACUGCAACACUGUCACAUUUGUUACUAGAUACUACAAUAAAAUCUGUUAUAUUUAUACAUACUGCUUAAGAAUAUACUUUUAGUUUUAAAUAAUUUUUAUAUGUACACUUCUACCUUUAAUUUUAAAAAGACUUAUGUUCAACUUUUAAGUCAAAGUACUUAAAGUAUGUAUAUUAUCCAUAGAAGAAGUUGUUUUAAGCUUAUGAAUACAUUCAUAUCUCAUAUGGAGAUGAUAAAUUUACUAAGCAAUGAAAACAAAUAGCCCAUUUUGCUUUGCAGAAAACAAUCAUACUUAUUUUUACAUCCCAUUUGAACAUUCUUUAAUAAUUCCCUAGGUAAGAAGAGGACAGAUUGUGCACUCAGAAAACUAAUGUAAUGUAAAAGUUAUAUCAGUAGCUGCAGUCUGUGGCCAACUGGUUUUCUAUGGUUUUAUUUUUUUUAGGUAUACACAUGAAAGAUAUUUUUCAGCUUUAUUUCUUGUACUCUUAAAAUUCCCCAAAACAAGUGAGGGUUAUCCAAUAAAUAUUUUCUUUGAGUAAUGUGUUGAUGUUGAUUAUACAUCAGCUCUUUACAUGUAAAUCAGGGAUUUUUUUUUUUAUUUAUUUUUUUUGUAUACCAAACAUGGAUUGGAAAAUUUUCAGCCUAUGGCUGAAGUGCCCUCUUCUUUCUCACCGUGGUUUAACAUAGGUGGGCACAGAUAGCAGCUGAAGUUUGGUGCAGGGGAAGGAGGGCAGCGCCUUGCCUCCCUCGCCAAGUGGCAGGGUAACUUGUCAGUUGAACCUUUUUUGAUUCUAGCCAAUUUCCUGUAUAACCUCGUGAAUCUUUUUGGGUGAGUGUUGGUAGUUUUGCCAUGACCACAAAAUCUUCAAAUACUUUGUAGACAGAAAUGAAUGAUGUUGGAGGGGAGGAAGUAAGUAAACAGAAAAAAAAGGUGUAGUGUAGGUGAAUCAGCUAAACUAAUUGUAUUUUUUCAUUGAAAAACUAAAUUAAGCUGGGCCAAUUUCUUCUUAUGCGUGUUACAAAGAUGUGCUGUAUAUCGUCUAUUUGAUUACUGUUUCAAACCAGAUGAGUGUAUGGUACUUCUGGAUUCUUUUGCACCGUAUGAAGUUUAGGCUUAAAGAGAUGGGCUUUCAUUUUUUAAAAGAAAAAAUGUGAAAAGAGAAAUGAGGCAGAAACAUAGAACAACCAAAUGUCAGGUGUCAAUCAGUAUUUCUUUUAGUUUUCCAUGUAAAACACAUAAAACGUUUAAGUCAUACAGCCGUAGGUUACUUUGACACUUGUUUUACCAGGCAAAUAGUAACUCAAAGUUAAACUGUCUCAGUUGAAAACAUGUAAGGAGUUGUAUGUGGAUUACCACUACCAUUCAGUAAUAGGUGAUGCAAAGGGAGAGGGGUGGGAACAUGUUUUAAAUAUUCCCUUUUAAAACAGAAUUGUAAAUAAGCAGUACUGUGUUAUUUUAGACCUGAGCUCUGCUAUCCGUAGUGGUUAGAACUAGGAAAACAUGCUGCUUUCUAGUUAUGCUGCUGUUUCAUUGUACCAGCACCAUGGGGGGGAGGGUAAAAACAGUAAAUUUUUCUAACACUGCCCCAUUGUGGGUAAGCAUGCUUGAUGUGUAGCGGUUCUCGUUUAUGUAUCUCUUAGUGUGUACGUGUGUUUUCUUUCUUUCUUUUUGUUCGUUGCAACUUACUCUUCAGUUAAGUCUUGCUGAGCCCCACUAGCUCUUCUGAGGGUGAUUACUGGAAUAUGCGUUUUAGGUAGGGUUGCAAAUCCAUCUGUCUACAAAUAUAGUUUCAUAUGAACUGCAAACUGUACUGUUACAAAUACAACUAUGUUAGAUUGCAUAGAGUUAUUUUACUUACAUGUACUUGAACUGAACUAUGUCAUCAUAACAAAGUUAAAAAAGUAAGUAUGGAAUAUUUUUGUAAAUAAAAAUACCUGUGCAGCUGGUAUUUUAAAUUUAAAAUGUAUUAUACAUUAAUGUUUCAGAAAAAAAGUUCAUAUAUGUGUAUAUGAAUGUGUCAUUAUGCUGAAGGGCUCUUGAUUGGGCAAAAUAAACUAUUCAAAUCUCUCCUGAAA